UUAUCUGGCGGAGUUUAUCGAACUUUCGCGGUUAUUAGUACCUAUGCUGAACUUAAGACGGAGCAAGAUCAUUGCCACUGAACGGCGCCUGAGCGAAGAAGAAAGUGAAACUUGUUCUUCCAUACUUCUAGACGUGUGUUGUACUAACCGUUUAUAUGAACGACGGAGUGCCAACGGCACUUACCGAUGAUGGGCCUCUUCGAUGCAAGGCAGAAGCGGUAAAUAAUUUCAGAUGGGUACAGCAACUUGUUAAAAGGCGACAAGAGGAGCAACCUAGUAGCGCUCCUUUAUACGCGGCGGGCCGGUUAUGUGUGGCGUGAAGUCUUCGUCUAUGACCUUGGACGAAAAAUUCAAUAUAUAGAUCAGGCUGGCAAGGAAAAGGAACUAGUGUUGUUUCUAGAGUACUAUUAAGAGCAAUGUCGUUCAGGUGCACAGUCGUACUAUUGGGCGCGUUAGUCACGCUGAGCUUAGCUGCUCCCCAGAACAAUUUCUCUGGUGGCGUCAAAUCGGACGUACUUCCUGUGAAAAGUGAUCGUGACAAGUAUGAAGUCGUUGCUCAGGAGUCUGUGAGGAAGAACGAAAGGAAUCUGCGAAAAGAUGACGACGAGUCCUUGGAGGAGAUUCAAGCCAAAUCGGCACACUAUUCGUACGAUUCAUCGAUCACGGACACGAUCAGUGAUCAAACCGUUCAACGGCAGGAAACGCGCGAAGGGCUAGCGCUGAAGGGAAUGUACGCGUACAGUGAUGGGUUCUACAAGCGUGAAGUGCAUUACGUGGCGGACGACAAAGGCUACCGAGUGGUUAAGGAGAUCUCCACCCCCAUUGGAGAUGGACCACAGGAGGAUCCCAAUGGAAAGGCUGACGUGUCAUCUUCGCUGUCCGGAUCGUACUCGAUCACGGCCGAUGAUAUUGCGCGACCCGCUUAUAAGAAGCAUCCGAAAAAGGUGUAAAUGCUAGUCAAGCUACAGAUAACUAAUUUUCAAGCUCAAUUUUAAACAUGCGCAAAAAAGUUUGUAAAACAAGAAGUAACAAUAUAAAAAGCUUGAAAAAGUAACCCAAAAUAGAGCAGGACUUAAUAUAUUAUCAAACAAGAACAGUAACAAUUCAAAAUUAAGUAUAAAUUUAGUUAGAAGUUUGUAGAAAAUAUUGAUUUUUUAAAAGAAAACAAACAUGAUAAUCGUUUGUUUUAGAAGCAUUGGCUUUUGAAAGACUUGACUGUUAUUUGAAGUCACAUCCUGCUCAUUUUUGAUAUUUUUCAAGCAAUGAAUAUGAAACUUAUUUGCAUAGUCAUAUUUAUCAUCGACUGAAGUAACAUGCUGUUAGGUAGCACUAGUGUUUUUAUGCCUUUUCACUCGUUAAAAAAGCUGUUCUAGUUGUUCUUGAAAGUCUGUUUUCUGUGGUUUAGUGUCUAUUUAUUUGUAAAAAGUUUGUAAAAUUCGUUCUCGAUCAAAUAAAGCUUAAGCUCGUACA